UUCUCUUCAGCUCACACCACUGCUUCUCGUUCUUGAAACUGAGCUUGGAGUUGAAGGCUGAGGGAAAAUGGCCCAUUACCAUGACGACUAUGGAAAGAAUGACGAAGUGGAAUUUGUCCGAACCGGCUAUGGGAAGGAUAUGGUCCGGGUUCUCCAUAUUCAGAGGGAUGGAAAGUACCACAGCAUCAAGGAGGUGGCCACGUCGGUACAGUUAACUCUGAGAUCCAAAAAGGAUUAUCUGCACGGUGAUAAUUCUGACAUCAUCCCUACAGACACCAUCAAGAACACGGUGCACGUCCUGGCGAAGCUCAAAGGGAUAAAGAACAUAGAGACCUUUGCCAUGAACAUCUGCGAGCACUUCCUUUCUUCUUUUAACCAUGUCACCCGAGCCCAUGUCUACGUGGAAGAGGUUCCCUGGAAGCGCUUGGAAAAGAAUGGAGUCAAGCAUGUACAUGCGUUCAUUCACACCCCCACGGGAACACACUUUUGUGAGGUGGAGCAGAUGAGGAGCGCACCUGCUGUCAUUUACUCUGGAAUCAAGGACCUCAAGGUCUUGAAAACAACCCAGUCUGGAUUUGAAGGAUUCAUCAAGGACCAGUUUACCACUCUCCCCGAGGUGAAGGACAGAUGCUUUGCCACAAAAGUGUACUGCAAGUGGCGCUACCAGAGAGGCGACGCGGACUUUGAGGCUACAUGGGGCACUAUCCGGGACAUCGUCCUGAAGAAAUUUGCUGGGCCCUCGGACAGAGGUGAAUACUCACCUUCAGUACAGAAGACGCUCUAUGACAUACAAGUCCUGUCUCUGAGCCAGGUUCCUGAGAUAGAAGAUAUGGAAAUCAGCCUGCCAAACAUCCACUACUUUAACAUCGACAUGUCCAAAAUGGGGCUGAUCAACAAGGAAGAGGUUUUGCUGCCUCUCGACAAUCCCUACGGCAAAAUUACUGGGACCGUCAAGAGGAAGCUGCCUUCCAGGCUGUAACAUUAUGGCUCCUGUCAGUUGUGAUGCUGGGGACCACAGUGUGUUUACCUGCAGAAAAUUUAAACUUAGGAUAUUGAUUCCUUUCUUCUGUAUGAAGCAAUUUCUUUCUUUGUUCCUAAACAAGGCAUUGUGUGGAUCCCCACAUUAGCAGGCACAACAUUCUCCAUGGCUGUGACAAUUUCCUUAAAAACCCCUUGGCAGUGUUAGAAGAAUCACAGAGAUACCCUUGAUGGCCUGGUAUCCUUCUGCCUUACAAUCAGUCUUCGGAAUCACAUCAUCAAGAAAAUAAUCACAUUGGUUAAUCUGAACCCAAGUUUAAGAAGCAAACAGGGUUGUCAUCCUACUGAUUUUUCUGAGUGGUGCAGAAAAUAUAAUAAAAUCAUGUGAAACAAAAUCCAUA